AUGAAGUCAACUCCUUCAACAUCUUCUUCUUUUUCUACACAUCCAAUUCGUCUUCGACCUAUUAUUUUACCAUCUCCUCCUGUGAAAUUGGCGAGUGGAAGCAGUUUCAAAAUGGUGAGUUUGAGUAACUAACUUUUUAUGAUUUCCAAAAUAUGAUAUUGAAAACUAAGAAUAUCAUAGCAAUUUUUAAAUGAAACCUGAAAACUUUCUAAGAAUCCUUUGGCACGUUUUUUUCUAGUUUGAUCUAUUGAUAAGAUCUCAAGAAAUCCGGUAAGAGAUAAUGAUCGACAGAAUUUUCCAAAUGACAUUAUAAAAUUGUCUUUUCGUUUUCAGAAAUCUGCUCCAAGACAAGCUAAACGUCUCUCUCCAAAACAACCACUUCCAUCAAUCUCCACACUUUUCGAUUUCACAUCAACUUCAAAUUAUUCAACAUCAGCCUCAAGUUCAGCAACAUCAUCAUAUGGUUCAUACUGUCAAUUUUCACCAGAAGGAACUUAUACAAUGUACAGUAUGCCGACAGAACAAUCUAAUUUUGCAUCUGCUGUUACUACACAAACCACUAAUAACUUAUUUGAUCCACAAGAAAAUGUUGAAGUGCACAAACCAGUGAAUCAACCACUUUUUAUUCAAAUAUGUUCGGAUUAUCAACCAAUUUCAUAUCCAACAAAUUCAACAAUUAAUGCCAGCCAACUUUUGCUGCGCCCAGUGCCAAAUUGUUAA